AUGUCAGCUCCUAUCAAUAAGGAAAAGGUUCAAGAACAAGAACAAGAGAUCCACAAGAUCAGAAUUACCUUAACUUCUACCAAGGUCAAGCAAUUAGAAAAGGUGUCUAACAACAUCAUUACCAAUGCUGCUCAAAAUGACAUUGUCAAGAAGGGUCCUGUCAGAAUGCCAACUAAGGUUUUAAAGAUCAACACCAGAAAGGCACCAAAUGGUGAAGGUUCCAAGACUUAUGAUACCUUUGAGAUGAGAAUUCAUAAGCGUAUCAUUGACUUGCAAGCUCCAGCAUCUAUCGUUAAGAAGAUCACCCAGAUCACUAUCGAACCAGGUGUAGAUGUUGAAGUCACUAUCGCUGCUUAA